CGAAGAUACGGCCUGGCAUCGUGUCCUUGCUCGUGAUCUGAAGGCGUCGUAGCUAUCCGCAAUGAUCACUAUGGACGUGCAAACUGAGAUGCCGUCGAACUCGACAGCAGGCAGCACCCUAUUAGACGAAGACUUGCGUCGAAUCUUGAUAGAAAGGGAGCAGGACUGCUUACAGCUGCAGGCCAUGAACUCAACGCCACCACCAGAACCGUACUGCCGAAUAACGUUCGACGGAUGGUCCUGUUGGCCAAACACCCCGGCUGGAGCAACUGCAUACGCGCCAUGUCCGAAUUUCAUCACCGGCUUCGACGCCUCAUUGAUGGCACACAAGUAUUGCGAACCAAAUGGCACCUGGUUCCGACAUCCGAUGUCCGAUCAAGUCUGGAGCAAAGGUAAUUAACGAACCGAAAAUCAUUUGUUUUUUUCCAUACAUUGGCAACAGGGGAUUAAUGGAAUUUACGAAGCCGGGUACGCGAUAUCGCUCAUAGCUCUGCUGCUAUCAUUAGGGAUUCUCACGUAUUUUCGGUCCCUAAGGUGCGCCAGGAUCACUCUCCAUAUGAAUCUGUUCGCCUCGUUCGCUGUGAACAACGCCCUCUGGCUUGUCUGGUACAGAUGCAUAGUCGCGAACACGGAUUUACUAUUAAACAAUGGGGUAACGUGCCGUCUCGUGCACAUUAUCCUGCACUACUUUUUACUCACUAAUUACGCCUGGAUGCUCUGCGAGGGUUUCUAUCUGCACACGCUGCUGGUCAGCGCGUUCACCAGCGAACACAAGCUGGUGAAAUGGCUGAUGGCCCUCGGAUGGCCAAUGCCAGCGAUCAUUGUCACGCUUUAUGCUUGCUUGAGGGCGCUUAGCGACGAUCCCGCGGACACUGAACAGUGUUGGAUCAACGAGGGGAACUACAUGAACGUGCUGGUGUACCCGGUCUGCGUUUCCACCCUCCUCAAUCUCCUGUUCCUCUCAAACAUCGUGCGGGUUCUGUUGAUGAAGCUGAGGGCCGGUCCCACGAUCGGUACCCAGCCCUCGAGAUCUAUGAGACAGGCGUUUAGAGCAACGUUGCUUCUGGUACCUCUUUUAGGGUUACACUAUCUACUCACCCCCUUCAGACCUCCAAAGAAUCACCCGUGGGAGCAGUUCUACGAGGUUCUUUCUGCAAUCACAGCCUCUUUCCAGGGUCUUUGCGUCGCCAUUUUAUUCUGUUUCUGCAACGGCGAGGUGAUAGCGCAGUUCAAGAGGAAAUGGGAGGGCACGGCUCUUCUGCGGAAUCGAGCCAAUUCCUGCACCGCCACGACCGUCUCGGUCCGAUGGCGGGAGAGGAGAAGGUGUGACUAUCGGUCAUCCGCGCCUCUGGAACACACGGACGCGAAGCUCGUGGACAGUCGGCAAACGGUGCAACUGGUCGCCGUCAAUAAUCUCAGCAAUCACACACGUCUGUUGGUCAAGUCCAAGGACUCGUUGACCCUCGCCGAGCAAACGCAGUGUUGA